CCAGAGAGGGUCUUCUUGGUGGAAUGUAAUAGAGAUCUUCAUCUUCAUCUUCCCCCGGCUGCUCUUCAAUGGGCAGGCUCUCCAUGCUGGCUGAAUUAUCUUCAUUAAGAAAACUGCCUGCUGUGCAUUUUUCUGAGGAGCUGAGGUGGACAGCCCGGGUAGUGUUUAUCUUUUGUCAAGACAAACUUCUACCAUGGCACUCGUGAUGGAGCCAGUAAGCAAGUGGAGCUCAUCUCAAGUAGUCGACUGGAUGAAAGGUUUGGACGAUUGUCUGCAGCAGUACAUAAAGAACUUUGAGAGAGAAAACGUGGGGGGAGACCAGCUGCUGCGGAUCACCCAUCAGGAGCUGGAGGACCUGGGUGUGUCUCGGAUCGGACACCAGGAGCUCAUUCUUGAAGCUGUCGAUCUACUUUGUGCUCUGAACUAUGGCCUGGAGACUGAGAACCUAAAGACUCUUUCUCAUAAACUGAAUGCAUCUGCAAAGAACCUGCAGAACUUUAUCACUGGGAGGCGCCGCAGCGGACACUAUGACGGCAGAGCUACACGAAAACUGCCUAAUGACUUCUUGACGUCAGUAGUGGACCUCAUCGCUGCAGCCAAGAGCCUCCUGGCCUGGCUCGACAGGUGCUCUUUCUUUUUCAGAUCUCCGUUUGCAGCAGUGGCUGAUUACUCUGUCACCAGAAAUAACGUCAUCCAGUUGUGUCUUGAACUGACCACAAUUGUACAACAGGACUGCUCCGUCUAUGAGACCGAGAACAAAAUCCUUAAUGUGUGUAAAACCCUGUCUGAAGUCUGCGACCACAUCAUCUCACUUUCAUCUGAUCCAAUGGUGUCUCAGGCGGCACAUUUAGAAGUGGUGCAGCUUGCCAACAUCAAAUCCACUGAAGGACUGGGCAUGUACAUAAAGUCAACAUAUGACGGGCUGCAUGUGAUCACAGGCACAACAGAAGGGUCCUUGGCUGACCGCUGUAAGAAGAUCCAUGCGGGAGAUGAAGUCAUUCAAGUCAAUCAUCAGACAGUGGUUGGCUGGCAAUUGAAGAACCUGGUGAACAUGUUACGUGGGGAUCCAGCCGGAGUUACCCUCACACUAAAGAAACGCCCUCAGAGCACACUCACAUCAACACCUGCUCUGCUGAAAAACAUGAGAUGGAAACCACUGGCACUGCAAAGCCCAGGCAGCAGUGUGGUUACGCCCACCAGCACUUUGAGCACAUCGUCCAGAAGGGGAAGCUGCGCCCUUCAAGACCUCUACAUCCCGCCUCCGCCGAGCGAGCCUUACACGCCCAGGGAGGACAAGGGGAACUUGUCUGGAGAGGACACGCAGUCGGACAGUAACGUGGCGAAAGGCUCUGAGUCGCCAAACACAUACCUGGACCAGGAGUGUCGGCAGCGCUUUCCUCUGGUGGAGGAGGACGCCAUUUUGUACUGCUAUGAGUACGACCAGAACCAGGGCUCUGUGUGCAGGGCCAGCACACCCACUUAUGGCAGGCUGAGGCCCAUCUCCAUGCCUCUAGAUUAUAACUGGGUCGGGGAUGGCGAGGACCUGGCCAAGCUGAAGAGAGAGAGCCGCAGAGAGAACUCCCUGCUGCAUUUCGCCAGUGAAGACAAAGGCCCCGGGGAGGAGUUCCUGUUGAGUCGCAGUUUGAGUCAGAACCGGAGGAAAGUGGAGAGAGGGAGCAGCCCCACUCAGUACACUCUAGUGCCCACCCUGGAAGUGUCGCGAUCCACCUCCAGCUCAGACUCCGCCUCCCUAUACCACGUGUUUGAUCGCUCCUCGCUGUUGUCUCGGUCAAAGAAGAAGAGUAAAGGGGGGAGUCCUAUGCCCUCUGUCAGUAAACGUCGCAUCUCCUGUCGGGAUCUAGGACAAGGUGACUGUGAGGGCUGGCUCUGGAAGAAGAAGGACGCCAAAACCUACUUUUCACAGAAAUGGAAGAAAUACUGGUUCAUUCUGAAAGGCACUUGUCUGUACUGGUACAUGAAUGAAGAGGAUGAGAAAGCUGAGGGUUUUGUUAGCCUCCCUGAAUUCAAGAUAGAAAGGGCAACUGAAUGCAGAAGAAAGUUCGCUUUCAAGGCUUGCCAUCCGAAGAUAAAGACUUUCUAUUUUGCAGCGGAUGAUGUAGAUGACAUGUCUCGGUGGCUCAGCAGGCUCAGUAUGGCAGUAGCAGGAUACUCGCAGGAGCAGGAGAAAAAUCGUCAGGACCAAGAUUACUGGAGUGAGAGCGACCAUGAUGACGUAGACUUGCCUCCGAUGCCCAAACAGGACAGUCCGCCUCCACCUUACGACACUUUUCCCAGAGCCGCUUCAGUGAGCCCGUACCUGGAGCCAAAGCGCGGACAUCUCUCCUCUUCAGACACGUUCCAGUCUCGCUCAUCUCAUGAAGACUAUCAUUCAGAGUCUCAAGAUGGGGGCAACAGUGGCUACUCCCCUGGGCAGAAGAGCGGCGCAGGGCACAGAAACUCCUGGCAGGACCCCUCUGGGAGCUCCUCCAGGAUCCAGUACCUCCAGACAUUCCCAACAGAAGAGUCCAUGAUGUCUGAGGACCGGGACCAGCUGUCAGAGUACCGCAGUCGCUCCACGCUGCCCAACCAGAGGAGCCUCCUGCAGGAACAGUACAGGGCACUGCCUCUGCCCCUCAGGACCAGCAUCGACUCGGACAUGGGGGGCAAACCUCGCAGCUUCACAUUGCCCCGGGACAGUGGCCUGCAUGCUAUUUUGGCUGCUGCUGCUGCCAGCGCAUCUGAACAGACCGAAACACAUAACUACCAGCUGGAGCGUCCCCGGGAAAUAGGGCGUCCUCGUGAGAGCAGGUUGCAGUCAGACUCUUUGGGGGACCUGUACCGCGCUCUGGAACAGUCGGGCCUGUCCACUUCAGCAGAACACAGAUCGGCCGGGCGACUGGAGUACAAACGCUCGUUUGUACGUAGGGUCAACGACCCACUUCUCAAUGACAAACUGCACCGUUUACGGGUCCUCCACAGUGCACUCAAGAAUGUCCCUGUCCAAGACACAAACCGCUCUAUGGGCUUUCUAGGCUGAAAUUAAGCGUCAUCAUCACCACCUCGGCUUGUGCCUGAGCUGCCAGCAUCUUACAGCAGUUUGUACAUCACUGAUUUUCUCCACUCUCAAUCUUCACCUUUAUGACUUUUCUUUCUCGGAGACACGUCGGAUUUUGAGAAGGAAAAUUGCACAAGACUAAAAGUUACUACAGCUAAAAGUUAGAUGCACAGUUUAUGACAAAGCACUUUGAGUUUGUUAUUUUGCUACAUGCAUGGCCACUUUCCCUCUCUUCUGUCCAGUGUGUGUGAAUAACGCUGAAGUUGUGUAUCAGGUUUUAUAGUUGUACACAACAUUUUGUCAUGCAUGUUUUGUGAGUAUGAGUGUGUUCUCAGAGUGUAGAGGUGUUACAUUCAAGGUGUUAUUGUAUAUUGAAUAUUACAUGUACAACAGCAACAUCUUGAGGUAUAAAUAUUUUUACUUGUAAAAUAAGUGCUGUGCCUCAUUGAUUGUGAAUGUACAUCGUAAUUUAUAAACAUGAUGCAGUUCGUGUUUGGAUAGCAGCUCCUCAAAGGCGGGCACAGACUAAAUGCUGGGCAACUAUGGACAGAACUGUAUUGCUCAAAAUAGCUGUAUAUUUUUGUAUGCAUGUAGUUAAUCUUAUUGUUUUUCUUUUUUGCAUUUAUAAGUGAAGCUACUGGUGAAUACAAAACAUACAAAAGCAUUAUGUUUCUAUGAAUUUGCUCCAGCAAUACUUUUGUAAAUGUUUAUGGAAAAUAAGAAAGAUGGACAUAUUUGUAUUUAUUGAGUGUUAAAUGUACAAGCAUGCUUUGUAUAAUUCAGACACAUUCCCCUGUCAGACUGACCUUGCACAAGUGCGCCAUACUGUAGCCAUGUACUUUUGUAUCUAAUAAAUGUGAAGUAUGGCCCAUUAAA